AUGGCUCACUUCAAAACAGGACACAGCUCUGUACAAGAUGAGCAACCCAAGGCCCCCAAGCUGCCACUGAUUAAGCCCAAGCCUGAUGAAAGAUGGAGAGGCAGUGAGUCUCCUGAAUCUUCCAGGCCCACUCCUCCCAGAACCCCAGUGAUGAAAACUCCAUUACAACAAACUUUUUCCAACAACGUGUGCUCUGCCUCGGUGAAGCCAGCAUGGAAAACCAGUGGGGUGGGAUCGAUCACUACAGCCCCUAAACCUCCUGAUGUCCCUAAACCAAAGAUCUCCUCUGUCUCCUCUCUGAAGUCCCAGUUUUCCCAGUCCCAGGAACACCAUGCACUAUCCAUGCCCAGACCGUUCCAGAGCACCAACAUCAAUCCUCCCCAAUCUCUGGCUAAACAAAACACUUUUCCCAAACAGGAGAGCGCUGGCAUUGUGAAAGACGGUCUCCAAACUUCAAACACCAUCAGCUCUGUGUUUCCCAAACCCUCAUUAAUGCUGAAACCCAUCUCUAUUGGUCAAUUUCAAACCCAGCAACACCCUCAAAAGGAGGGCAGCGAUCCCUCUGUUCCGAGGAAGAAGAUCCUUCCUAAUUUGUAUACCCUGGGAAAUCCUUCUCUGAAGCCUAAGAGGCCACCUAAUGUUGACUUACAAAGAUUCAGAGGGAGUGGAUCAUCUUUGAAUGAUGAUCCAGGGAUAAACAUACCCCUUUCUCUUGCUACUUCACCUACGGCUCAAACUGACUUUAACUACACAAAUGAUAUGAGCCAGCAGCUGGACCAGGAGGAGAGCUAUGAUGACGUUGGGGUCAUGAGCCCACAGCCAGUUCCUCCCCUUGAAGGACAUCACGCAAGGAAGAUGGAGACUGAAACUGAUGAGGAGGAAAUGUAUGAAGACCUUGAUGAGAGAUGGAUAGAGAAGGAGGAGAAAGCUAAAAAAUCACAAGAUAAGGAGGCUGGAAAAGAGAAGACAAAGCAUAGCAAAGACACAGCGGAGAAACAGGCAUGUAAGAAAGGGGAGAAGAAAAAACAACAGGAGGAAAAGAGAUUCCAGAAAGCCAAAGAGAAGAGAGAAAAGGAAGCAAAAAAGAAGUUCAAGCUUAAAGGGCCAGUCCACGUAAUCCAGCAGGGGGCGGCACGGCAAGACUGUAGAGGAGGGAAAACAGAGCUGCCGCUGAGGGAGGGAGAGGUCAUAGAUAUCAUCCGCAUCACAGACAACCCAAAAGGCCUCUGGCUGGCCAGGAACAUCGACGGCUACUAUGGCUACGUGAAGCCAGACUCUGUCAACAUAGACUAUGAUCGUCUGAAACAGGCAAAAACAGGGCCUGUGUCCAACUGGUCUGAGGCAGAGCCAGAGGUUUAUGAUGAUGUUGGAGCUCCAGCUGAUGCCUGCAGUGAGCUCAAAGACCAAAAAGUUGGGGAUGGUGAUAUUUAUGAUGAAGUGGAAAGUCCCGACCAAGACGACAGAUUUCCGCCACCUCCUCCACCAAUCACAUAUGGGGAUGAGAUUUAUGAUGAUGUUGAUUCCCAGGACUUCCCCCCUCCCCCGCCCCCGGACAGUCUCUCACAGCUUAUUCCACAAGGACAGCAGGACGUGUUGGAUCCAAAGAAGCAGAAGAUGUUCGCAAAGGAAGAAAUGAAAUUCAGGAAGAAGUUUAAAUUUGAAGGAGAAAUUCAGGUGCUGCAUGAUGUUACUGUAGCAGCCACUUUGACCACUAAGAAGUGGGGGAGCAAAGACCUGCACCUGAGGCCGGGAGAGGUGAUCAAUGUCAUUGUCAAACCUGCUGAUGGAAAACUGAUCGGCAGGAAUGCAGAAGGCAAAUAUGGUUAUGUGGACAUGGCCAAUAUUGCACAGGAUACCAGUGAUAUUUAUGAUGACAUUGGAGAAGAUUGUAUCUACGACAAUGACUGAUAUGAAGUGGGCUGCUCUGAUUUUAGCAUCCGCUUGAGAAUAUAACCAAGACUAUGGCACUGAUCACUGGACAAUUAUAAUGUUAUACUGUACUGAUGUUUUGUUUGCUGUUGACUCUGACAG